AUGCCACCCAAAGGCAGCAAGAAGUUGAAGGCAGAGGCUUCACCAGAGCCGGCGCCCAAGACGCCAACUAAAGCGUCGAAAGCUGCUCCCAAGGACAUACCUACCAAGCAAACACCCAGCAAGAAGCCAAAGGAACCUACCGUCUUCACGAAAGUUCCAAAAGAGACGACCACCACUGGUGUCAUCCCCAUCGACGUUCAGCUCGAGGGCUCUUCUCAGCAAGCUCUGCAGACCAAGACUGGUGGCUAUCGCGUUGGCCUAAAGCUCGACUCGAGCAUUGCCUUCUCGGUUAGCAAGACUUACAUGAUCAAUGGCGGAGAUCUCGACGGCUGUCAGGUCAUCCUGCUCAAGCCCGCCAAACCCUUCAAGUUCCUCGAACUUCCCAAAGAAGCUCGGAAGCGCGUCUACAUGUUCUACUUCGCUCAACGUGGUGUCAUCAACGAACCCAUCGUCCUCGAUGCGAAGCGUACGAACAAAGACGUCUACUCCAAGACCUACGCCGACGGCAGCAAGAACCGUGUCGGACUCUUGGCAGUCAACAAAGAAGUCUACGACGAAGCCAUCCAAGUCUUCUACGCCCACACUCUCCGCCUCGAAUCCACCACCACUCUCCUCGACUUCAUGGGCCAGAUCCCAACGAACAUCAAACCUUACCUCAAGUCUCUCACAAUCAAGAACUACAUCAAAACCUCGUCCCGGAAUAGCAUGCACUUCCUAGCCGAAGCCAAGAACCUCACUCGCCUGCACUUCGAAGCCGGCGUCUUCGGUGAAGGCGACCCAGUCAAAGCGGCCAAGCAGUUCUACGCCGACGCUUACAAGUUCCUCGAGGCCAUCGGGGCGGGGAAGGGGGAUAAGACGGCGGGGGUGGAUGUGUUGAGUUUUGGCAAGGAGGCGUUGCAGUCCAAGGAUGACAAGAAGAAUCUGAAGCCGUGGAGUGACGUCUUGGUGGAGGAGUUCAAGGAGAAUCUGAGGUUGAAGGUGAAGUGA